AUGAGUUAUGAUGCAAGAGGUAAGCGAGGUUUCACAAGUUUGCAGAAAAGUGUUGCUGCAAUCAAGCUUAUGGUUAUGGGGGAGUCGCCCGAUUCUAUCGAUGGCUAUAUGAGAAUGUCGGAGCGAACAGCACGAGAAAGUUUGUAUAGAUUGGUAAGAGAUGUUGUUGAAACCUUCGGUGACAAAUACUUGCGUAAACCUUCAUUGAAGGAUAUGAAACAACUAUAUGCGACGCAUGAACAACAACAUGGUUUUCCGGGUAUGCUUGGAAGCAUUGAUUACACAAAGUGGAUAUGGAGAAAUUGUCCUGUGGCGUGGAAAGGCCAAUACACAAGUGGCCAUCAUGGAGCGCCUUCGUUGGCAUUAGCUAUUGUUGCUUCAGAAUACUUAUGGAUUUGGCAUGCUUUUUUCGGGGUUACGGGUUCCAACAAUGAUGUAAACGUUCUUGAUCAGUCACCAAUAUUUGAGGAUCUUUUGUCAUGA